AAAGGUUUCUCCCUUCAUCUGAAGACACGUUUCCUCAUGAGCCUGUGAUUAUUCUGUGAAUGAAAGCUGUGUGGAUACCGAAUACGUCGUCUACAGCGACAGAAUAGGGAAAAGGAGCAGCAGCAGCAGCAGCAGCAGCAGCAGCAGCAGCAGCAGCAGCAGAGCUUUGACACCUGAGCAAACCACAGUCACGUGUGUAAAAACUGUCCCCAAUGACGUCCAUUGUUUUGACUGAGACAACUAAGGAGUUUUUUCCACAACUUCAUUCUCCUGAUUUUGAAAAGCGGACUGUAUUCUCUGAAAAAUAGAGAACCAGGCAUGGCCGGAAAGCCUUUCCGGGCCACCUACAUCUGGGGCAGCAUCAUCUCCAACCUCCACACUCAUGUAGAAGUAAAGCGCCGACGUCACAACCUGAAGUCGUACCAUGACUGCUUCCUGGGCUCAGAGGCCGUGGACGUGGUGUUGGCGCACAUCACCCUCAACCGUUUCUUUAGCGAGGAGCCAGUGCCCCGUUACAAGGCUGUUCGUCUGUGUCAGGCCCUCAUGGACUCAAGGGUGUUUGAGCCUGUGGGAAUUCGAGUAUUCGGGAAAGAGAAGAGGCGACCGACCUUUGAAGACAGUAGCUGCAGGUUGUACCGGUUCCUGAGUCCGGCCAAUGCCUCCUCAUCACUUAACAACACUACCUCUCACUCCACCAGCACCAUAGAGAGUGGCUAUGACUCUCCGAGCAUGAACAGGAACAAGAACACCAAUAGUCCUUCACGUGAAAGACGAGAGGUGCUGAGCUACUCCACCCACUCCCCUGCAAAAACAGACAAAUCACUGGAGGACGUGAUAGGACACCUCAACCUCAGCUCAACCAUCACCCCUCAGAUGACCAACCUCGGCCUCUCACAAGAAAUUGUGGAUGAGGUGUGGCACCAGCAGGCUGUGUCCAGACUACUGCAGCUGAUAGAGCUCCCUCUUUUGGAAGAUUUGCUGGAGGGCAAGGAAGCUUCGAAGACUCUCCUGCGUGGUAUGGACAGUGACCCGGAUCUGUUGUACACAUCGAGUUACCUAGACAGGGAAGUCCUCAAGGCCUUUGGUGAAGCACAGGCUGAUGAGUGGAUGUCAUCUGCGGUGGACUGCCUGGAGUUUCUACCUGAUGAUAAGGUGGUGGAGGUCAGUCGAGGUUUAGCCGGUUGUGCUGAGGACCUGACUCAGUGUAAGAAGCUGCUCUACGGAGUCCUGGUCCAGCAUUACGGACACACGCAACAGCCACCUCUGCUCAGCAACCAGAUUUUUGACAUACACUCCGGCAUCUCUGAGCUACUUGUGAAUGGGAAGAAGGAGCUAGCACUGGAGGCUCUGCAGCUCAGCCUGAAGUUGCAGGACUCCAGGAGCAGGGAGGAACUUCGCAGACUCCUGAGAUUCAUGUCGAUUGCCGGUAAACCACAGGAGGUGAAGCUGCACAAGGAGAUUGAGAACAGGAUGGCAGUGAAAAGGGCGUUUUCAAGCGCCAUUGUGUACAGCAGAAGACUGUCCAAAGGAAAGGUCGACCUGAUGGUUUUGUUUUUGAUGGACAAACACUGUGAUCUGUUCAAAAUUCCUAGUACAUUGCACAUGAUGGUCAGUGAGAGAAUAAUGAAUAUAGUGAAAGGAAAGGAUCCAGAUACGCUCACAGGCCCAGCAUACUGCAGAAGAGUCAGCCCUAAAGCAUACUCAGAAAAUGCACAGAAAACCACUAAAGAAGAACUGUGGUCUUUACUCCGUACCAUCCACGAGAAUCAGAAGAUCUCCCCAAAUGAAAGGAGGCGACUGCUGGGACAGUUUUAUAAAGGCCACCCAGAAAUUUUUGUUCAGUACUUUGGAAGUAGAUUAUCCAGUGGCAACAUGUUGUUACAGUAAUAUUUAUUAGUUCAAAAACUCAUGUAUUAUAAUGUAAAAAGUCGAUUGAGAACAAAAGGUUGUGAUGUACAUUGUGUGAGGAUGUGCAGUUUAUUUGCUUGAAUGUUAAUAGUUUAGACUACUGAACAAGAAUGUGAAGUGCAUGUGUAAUAAGCUGCAAUAUUUAAGGUCAUAUUUAAUUGUCGUCAUUUCUUUUUGUAUGCAGGACACGUGAAAUGUCCGUGGUAGUUUUGUGGCAGAUGUGCUGUCUUAGAAAUAUGAGUGUAUUUUAACACUUUGGUACAUCUUUAGGGCAUUUUGUGUGUGCAGCCAGUAAGAACUUGUAGACUACUCUUUUUCAAAGGACAUAUUCUUUGGGCUUGUGCAAUGGGAACAGUGUUAGGAAUAAAAAUGUGUUCAUGUGGUUUUUCAUUGACAAUGUGAUGCACAGUAGAGCUAUGUCUGAGGAAGCCUCAAACGGAAAUUUGAUCCUGGAAAUUUAAAAGUCUGAUCUAGUGUUGUAGUAAACAGUCAGAUGCAUUCAUGGGAAACAUCCCUACAGGGCUUUGUUGCUGCAAAUCAGCAAAACAGAUGUUUGCUAUUUUUCUUUGUUUUGUUUUUUUUGUUUUUUUGUUUUUUUUAUCUAGAUUGAAAACCUAAUAGGCUUGUUUUUGAGACUUUUUUGUUUUGGUUUUAUGUUUCAGCUAAGUUUUAUGCAGGCCCACUAAUUACCAGAGGAAAUUGCUUCUGAAUGUAAAGGUGACAAGCAUCCCAUUGUGAGUUUAACCACACACAUCCUGGUCAUAUUUAGUUUGGAUGAAUUUUCCAUUCAUACAUAUAUUUAACAUGUUUCCCUCCAUCACUGCAGGCUCAUAUGUGUAUAUUUUAAUUUACUACUUGACAUCUGGUAUGUCAAGUAAUUUAUCCGCUGAACACAUGCGAAUGUUUAACCUAUCUCUAUUUUUUUGCUUGACAGGUCAAGCAUGCAAGAGAUUUAGGGAGCAGUUUUAAAAAACAGACAUAUAAUGUAAGAAAAACAAUGUGUGAUACCAUACAAUACUUUGUUUCCAUUUCUAAUAAACUGCCAAACCAGCUCCAGAUACAAGAUUUUCUGUCAAGUACAGAUACUCGGUGUAGCCACUUCCUUGUUUCAUUGAGAAUGACUGAUAAGGUUUCUUGUAAACCUGCAUACACUUUCCCUCUGUAAAUAAAAAGUGGCUUUGAA